CUGAACUUAUCCUCGACUGCUAUCCAACGUUCAGCCCCUGGGCAUCUUUCUUCAAGCGACAGCAACAGAGCGAAAGAAAGGGCCUCCGGGUCAUGGUACUAUUCUUGACACAAUAGCUCCUUUCCUACGACGUUUUGCGAGCUGUGCAGGGAACAGAACACCUUCCUUUCCACAGAUGAGCUGAGCUCUCCAUUACACCUACUUCGCAUACCGACCAUCUCUCUUGUCUACCAUCAUGGCCUCCAAUCCAGCCGCCGAGAUCGCCUCUGCCAUCCAAUCCGCCUCUAUCAAUCGCCACCCUUCGCCAGCCCACGACAUCAACCCAUCGACCGCUGCGUCGAAGAAGGUCCCGGGCCGUACCAUCGAAUCACCCCCUGGAGGCCGUUCACGCUCUCAAUCCUUGGACUCCACCGACUCGACGAUCCCCAGCGAAAUCAUCCGUCCUCGACCACGCAGGAAGUCCUUCCCUCCCAUUCCCGACUUUCGCUUCGAACAGAGCUACCUGGCGAGUAUCAAGGCCGCCGACACGAAUUGGAAAAUCGCGUUUAUCACGGUGCGCGACCAGGUGCUCCUGCCGCUCAUUCAGGGUAUCGCGUGGAACUUGAUCAUGUUUGGCUGGCGGCAUUGGAACGGCGCGAGCAAGUUCCAGGGCCAGAGUUUAGGUGCAAAGGUGCGGAAGUGGUGGUGGGGGGUGAAUAAUUGGAAAAUUCCAAAUGAGAAGGAGGCGAGGAGGGAGGCCAAGGUAGUGAAGACGGCCGAGGAUUUCUUUGUUGAUCGCUUUGGAAGUGCGUUGGGGGAUUGAACUACCCGAGACAAAUUGCGAGAGAGAAAAGAGAAAGAUUUGACCUUCGUGAAAGGCACGAUUGGAUCCAUCAUACUCAGCUGUUUGGACAUUCGAGAGAAUCUUCGCCGAGCGCACCAGUCCGGAAGCCUACGAUGGGGACGCAUGCUGUGUCUCCGGUCAUCUUGCUCAGAGAUGCUCAUGGGUAUCGAAUCAAGCCAGCGCCUGAAUUCAAUGCAGUGUGGCGUGAACAAGGCCAGAGCCCUAUCAAAUCAUGUGCAAGAAGGUCGACGGGGCUGGAUAACAGUAAUUGGGCGCCAUGAGGUAAUCUCAAGACUUCCGAGUCGCUACAUGUACUUCGCUUGCGAGAGCCCGCAUGCAGAGACAGGCGACGAUCCUGUAGGACGAUAGUCACAGCGACACAGGACGAGGACUGUUUGAGGAAGCAUCAAACACUUGGGCCACAAGGCUGCUUUGCUUGGAAUCAUUUGCCUGAAAGACAAAUCACGACUGCAUGCCCCUGGGCAAUCCCUUGGAAAAGUAUCGUGCAGAGCGCAAACAAAGCACAGUAGAAUGGCGGGCACAUCGGCAGGCAUGUCGAAGAUAGGCAAUGAAAAUGCUUUGGAAGAUGA